CUACCCUAGACUUGAUCCGCUCGAGUCCAGUGCAUGCUCUUGCGCCCCCUUCAGCUCUUGUCCCGAUCCACCUGACCGCUCUCCGCCCAACCUCGCGCACCUUCAUCCGCCCUUCCUUCGUCCACCUCGCCCCCAACCGCACCAACAUGGCCAGCAUCCAGACCCCGGACGUUCCCGCCGACCAGGCCGCGAGCGCGCCCAACCUCCAGAAGGACCCCGAGACCGGCGAGAUGGUCUCCAAGAGCGAGCUCAAGAAGCGCAUCAAGGCUCGCGAGAACGCCAAGAAGAAGGCCGACAAGGCCGCCAGCGCGCCCGCUCAGCCGACCGCCAAGACGUCGGCUGCUGACGCCGAGGAGGAGCUCUCGCCCAACCAAUACUACGAGAUCCGCUCGCGCGCCAUCCAGAAGCUGCGCGCCAUCCCCAACGACCAGCGCACCCUGUCGACCCCGAACCCGUACCCGCACAAGUUCCACGUCACCGUCUCGAUCCCGACCUUCAUCGACAAGUACGGCUCGUCGCUCAAGGAGGCCGGCUCGCGCAGUGACGAGGUCGUCUCGGUCGCCGGCCGCAUCCACAGCAUGCGCGCCCAGGGCGCCAAGCUGCGCUUCUACGACCUGUGGAGCGAGGGCGUCAAGAUCCAGGUCAUGGCCAACGCCAACGAGUCCGAGUCGCCCGAGGAGUUUGAGGCCAUCCACGGCCUGUUCCGCCGCGGCGACAUCCUCGGCGUCACGGGCAACCCGAUCCGCACCAAGCGCAACGAGCUCUCGAUCGCGCCGACGUCUUGCGUCCUCCUGUCGCCCAACCUGCACCAGCUCCCCAAGGAGCACUUUGGCUUCAAGGACCAGGAGCAGCGCCACCGCAAGCGCUACCUCGACCUCAUCAUGAACCCGGAGCGCCGCGACGUCUUUAUCAAGCGCGCGCGCAUCAUCAACUACGUCCGCAAGUUCCUCGACAACCUCGGCUUCCUCGAGGUCGAGACGCCCAUGAUGAACCAGAUUGCCGGCGGCGCGACCGCCAAGCCCUUCAUCACGCACCACAACGCGCUCGACCUCGACCUGUUCAUGCGCGUCGCGCCCGAGCUGUACCUCAAGGAGCUCGUCGUCGGCGGCCUCGACCGCGUGUACGAGAUCGGCCGCGUGUUCCGCAACGAGGGCAUUGACCUCACCCACAACCCCGAGUUCUCGAUCUGCGAGUUUUACAUGGCCUACGCCGACAUGCACGACCUCAUGGACCUCACCGAGUCGCUCAUCAGCGGCCUCGUCAAGCACCUCACCGGCGGGUACAAGAUCAAGUACCACCCGGAGGGCAAGGAGGGCCCCGAGCUUGAGCUCGACUUUACGACGCCGUGGAAGCGGUUCGACAUGCUCGGCGAGCUCGAGAAGCAGCUCGGCGUCACGUUCCCGGCCGGCACCGACCUCGACUCGGACGAGACCAACAAGUUCCUGCGCGACCAAUGCGUCAAGCACAACGUCGACUGCAGCGAGCCGCGCACCAACGCCCGCCUCCUCGACAAGCUCGUCGGCGAGUUCAUCGAGAACCAGUGCAUCUCGCCCUCGUUCAUCGUCGGGCACCCGCAGGUCAUGUCGCCCCUCGCCAAGCACCACCGCGCGCGCCCGGGCCUGUGCGAGCGCUUCGAGCUCUUUGUCGCGACGCGCGAGGUGUGCAACGCCUACACCGAGUUGAACGACCCGUUCAUCCAGAAGGCCAACUUCGAGGACCAGAUGAAGGCCAAGGCGGCCGGCGACGACGAGGCGCAGGGCUACGACCACGUCUUUAUUGACGCUCUCGAGCACGGUCUCCCUCCUACCGGUGGCUGGGGUCUCGGCAUCGACCGCCUCACCAUGUUCCUCUGCGACCAGAACUCGAUCAAGGAGGUCCUCCUGUUCCCGGCGACCAAGCCUCUGCCGACCGACGGCGUCAAGGAGGCGGUCGAGGGCACGACGACGGUCGGCGACGUCAAGGAGGGCCAGCCGUGAGAGAGCGGCGAGCGGCCUCUCUACUCUCGUCACCUUGUCUCUCAUGGAACCUGCACUACAGCCUCUUAGUCUACGGUA